CACUAACAAGUUCACUUCUACAAUUCUCUUGAAUUAACUUUGACCCUGGCGCCCAGCCCCCUCGCAUAAAUAUUGCACGGUAUUGGAACCACCAGCGAUCGACGCAGUUUCACACAGCCAAGCCUAACGGCCGGGCACCACUUUAGAUCAUGAACUCCGAUGAAGACGAGAUCGGAAGCUCUGAUGAAUAUGAACUCAGGGAAUCUGAUGAUGACGAGGGAGACGAGGAAAAUGAGGAUAAAAUUCAUAUCGGGAAGUCGUUUUGUCUUCUGUGCAGACAACAGCCAGAACCUGGGUCGGCUAUUCUUGAUUUGAACAACCACUUGUUUACAGCUCCCGACUGUGACUCGGACUGUGAUGUCUGUUUGGACUGUGACCCGAUCCCUGGCGUCUGGUAUCACCGCGCCUGCUUCGACAUUUUCAAGCCUAGUUAUGGGCGCUCUGACGUACCUACCGAAAAAGAGUUUCGCCGGCUUGAGGACGCAACAACAAUCUUGGAUGAUCUGGAGCACCUCGAUGAGCCGAUUCAAGAUGUAGACUCCAGCGAAGUAGCGACGACGAUGGAAGGUCUUCUGUCAAGGCAUGCGAGGAAUCUCUUGCAGGGCACCUUUCGCCAGGACCUACUCAACCGCCUACCCACUGAGCUUACCCUCAUGAUCGCCGAGCGCAUCACACCCUGUUGGUUCUUAAUUGUCCUUGGCCAAACCCGUCGAUUGAUGAGCCUGGUGCGGGCGGGCCCUGGACCCGGCUCUGAACGGCUCAACCUUCAACAAGAUCUCUGGGUGUCCAAGGUGAACUAUCAAGGCAAUUCAUACCUGGCAAACCUUAGCACUGAGCCGCUGUCACAAUCAACUGAGACUACGCAGUACCGCAUCAACUUACCUCAUGAGGUGAAGACGGUUGUUCUUUCCGUCGAUUCCGUGGGUAUUCGAGGGAUACAGUUCACAAGCUCCGACUCAGAAGCAUCACCGGAUGGAUCUCGAAGGUACCGGAUCCUCGAAGUCAAGGACCCCCAUUGUGAGAUCAAAGUAAAACGCAAUGCCAUCUUUGUAACUGGAAUUAAGCUGCUGCCGAAUAACUCAUCUUCGGGACUCAGGUUAUGGUCCUCUCCCGUUCUUCCGAAGUUUAAUCCGUGGAAUUUCUACCAAGAGGGCAUGAACGGUGUCUUAGAGCAUGUACAGUUCGACUCAGAACUUCAAGGCCUGUUAAUUUGCUGUGCCGGUGGACGGAUGCUCGGCAUUCACGGGUUCUCGGGGAAAUCGAAGAAGUUCACAGAGUUCAUUGAUUCGAUCAUUCCAUCGAAAUAUGAUGAAGUGACUGCCUGGAUCCACAGCCCCGAAAAAUACUGGAUCUACUACCCCUUCAGCCGAAACGAAAAUAUCUUCGGUGCGUGGAUUCGGAAGAAGAAGGGGAAUGCGGAAGCCCAUCCCAUUCUCGUUCUACAAUCUUCUCUCGGAAAGACGAUUACCUUCGGGCCUCAGAUUCCACCUAAAGAGUCCCACCACUACCAAUACCACUCCUUAGUCAGGGAAGGCGACGGUGCUGUUACCGGAAUAAUCCAUGACGGGCUCGAACCGGGGUACGAGCAGAUUCUAGAGCUUGGUGUGACAUGUAAUGAAUUACAUCGCACUCCAGCUCCAGUAGAGCCACUUAUGAGUUCCCCUUUGGAACUACCACAAACUCCCUCUCAUGCAAGGGGCCCAGUCCCGCAGUGGUAUCUGACAAGCGCGCCGUUAGAAGGCGUGGAAAGAGUCCAAGUCUUCAGGAGGUCAGGUAAUCUUAGCCGACAUUGUUUGGGGCUUUUACUUUCUUAUCACGAUGGGCGUGUAGAGGCGCUGGGACAGGUCCGUUGGGACCAAAAUACCACAGAGGAAGGCCGUAUCCGACUGGGUGUUAAACUUGGAUGGUCUCCCCGCGGUAUUAAGCGCGUUCUGGAUAUCCGAAGCGGAGUGACUGACUGUGAACUGGUGGACCACAGUGGGGCGGGAUCUUGGUCGUUAUUGCCUGAUCAAGGCAUUCUUGUUUGGUGGUUUGGGGAGUAUGGUGAUAUCUUGACUGUGCUUGAUCCGUAGGGAAUAAUAAAGCCCG